GAUGCUUAGCUUAUAAGCUUUGUUUUGAUAUUUUUGUGCAGCUGAUUUUGAUCUCGCUAUUAAAAAUUCUGAAAUGAGAAGUGCAAAUUUAAACUGAAAAAUAGCCCAAAAUGUCUCAAUGGAUGAAAAUCACGUGCCUCUACGAACAACUGCAACUAAAAACUACACUAGCCGGUGGACAAAGUUUUCGCUGGAAAAAUCAUGGAUCCGUUGAUGAUGAAUUCAUUGGAGUGUUUGCAAAUAUCGUUUGGGUCCUAAAACAAACCAGUACCGAACUAUUGUACAAAGUCGUUGGCGAACUUCCGUAUCCAAACAGUCAGGAACAAUCGUCCAAAAAACAGCGGCUCUCAGUCAUAGAAACGAAUCCGGCAGAAAUACGCAUCAAAGUGGCGGAACCGGACCCAUGUUCCGGAAAGGGAAAGUUGCUGUACUCACAGAGGUACUACGAAAAGCUACUUCGGAUGUACUUUAGGCUGGACGUCGAUUUGGAACUGUGCUACAAGGAGUGGAACAAGUGCCACGUGCAUUUCGAAAACAGCACAGGACAGUUCUACGCCGUUCGGCAAUUAGAUCAGGAUCCAGUGGAAAACCUGUUCUCCUUCAUUUGCAGCCAAAACAACAACAUAUCCAGAAUUUCCGGUCUGGUAGAGAAGAUUUGCACGUAUUAUGGGGACAGAAUCUGUGACUACAACGGGGUCACUUAUUACAAUUUUCCUAGCGUCGAUAAGCUGGUCGUUCCGCAGUUGGAGGCGCACCUCAGAGAGUUAAGUUUCGGCUAUCGCGCCAAAUAUAUUGCCAAAUCCGCUGAAGAAAUUCUCGCCAAAGGUGACCUGGAAUGGUUCAGAAAGUUGCAGCAGUUGGACUAUAAGGAAGCACACCGGGAGCUACUGACCUUGACUGGAAUCGGUCCCAAAGUUGCCGAUUGCAUUUGUUUGAUGUCGUUGAAUCACCUGGAGGCAAUCCCGGUCGACACGCACGUGUUCCAGAUUGCACGAAAUUAUUUGCCCCAUUUGGCCAAGUGUAAAACGGUUACCGGCAAGAUGUACGGAGAAAUCGGAGACAAAUUCCGAGAGAUUUACGGACCGAAAGCUGGUUGGGCGCAGACGGUGCUAUUUUGUGCAGAUCUUCAGCGUUUCAAGGAAAAUAGAGAAAAUACGGGUAGCCAGAAAGGUUCCGCAGGGUCGACGGUCGUGAAUUCGAAACGAUAGAUAAGAUUAGAAUAUCUUUUUAUGAAACUGAGUCUUUGAUAAAUGCUCGAACAGUGAUAUACAGUUAUUAACCUUGUACCUAUCAAUAAAAAGCAUUGAUACAAAUGAAAA